AAUUAAUUUUAAGCUGUGAUACAAUUAACACGGUCUCCGGCACCGCCUUGGCAAAAUGGAGGAUGUGCGAUUCCUUGCAAUUGACUAUCUGUUGUUCAUCUUCAUGUUUGGUUUAAGCUGUAUAGUUGGCAUUUACUUCGGAUGCUGCGGUAACCAAUCGACGACCGCCGAGUAUUUUUUGGGCGGAAAGAAAAUGAAGGUCUUCCCUAUAUCGAUGUCUUUAGUUGCCAGUACGCUUUCAGGCAUUGGUCUCAUCUCGCUACCCGCUGAGGUUUACAUGCACGGCAUGCAAAUAUCCGUCAUGAUCUUUGGAGUCAUCACGAUGGGAGUAUUAAACAACUACUUGUACAUGCCGGUCUUUCACAGGCUGAAACUGUCAACCGUAAAUGAUUACUUAGAAAUUCGUUUCGACAGAGUAAUCAAGUUAAUCGCCUCCUUCUUGUACCUGAUCACGUGUAUUCUAUUCCUCCCCUUGGUCAUAUAUGCGCCGUCACUGGCAUUUACCCAAGUUACAGGAAUACAACUACAUCUAAUCGCUCCCAUUAUGUCGGUAAUUUGCAUCUUCUACACAACGAUUGGCGGCCUAAAGGCGAUAGUAUGGACCGACACCCUUCAAUUUUCAAUCACAUUGUGCACCUUGGCCAUUGUACUGGUUAUUGGUAUCUGUUCUGUGGGCGGUCCCAAAACAAUAUGGGAAGCGUCUGAGAGUGGAGAUCGCCUGGAGUUUUUCAACGUGGAUCCCAACCCUACUUUGAGAUGCACGUUUUGGUCAGUAUUCGUAGGAAGCAUAUUCACCUGGUUAGGAUUCGUGGCGAUCAAUCCAUCGGGAGUGCAGCGCUUCUCAUCGAUACCAAAGUUGGAAGACGCAAAAAAGGCUUCAAUAAUUUUUAGCGUAUUUGCUUCACUAGCCAAGGUGAUUAGUUGCUUUUCGGGAUUAAUCCUCUACACUAAGUAUUACGGCUGCGAUCCACUCUCGGCCGGGUAUAUCACGAAGAUUGACCAGAUCGUUCCGUAUUACGUAACCGACAUUGCCAAGCAAACACCAGGAGUGAGCGGCCUGUUUAUAGCCGGUCUGUUUAGCACGGCAAUGAGUACACUUUCGACGCAUCUAAAUACGGUUGCGGGCGUAUUGUACUUGGACUUCAUCAAGCCGACUUUGCGUCGAGGUAUAUCCGAGCAAGCUUCGAGUAACAUAAUAAAAGUGCUGACGAUUGUAAUUGGUCUGGUCAAUGUGGGGAUGAUUUUUGUGGCGGACAAGCUUGGGUCACUCUUUGAGUUGUUUCACAGUGCCCAGGCGAUUACGGGAGGACCGGUUCUUGGACUGUUCACUUUAGGAAUGCUGUUUCCCUGUGCAAAUCGUAGGGGUGCCUUAAUAGGAGUUAUCAGCUCUCUUCUUUUGAUAAGCAUCAUCAUUAUACAAACUCAAGUACACGUAUGGCAUAGCGACACCCGGUAUUUACCCAAAUAUCUAAGUACGGAGUGGUGCAAUAAGACUGACCGAUCAGACUUCAUCCAUCAAGAAAUGACUCCUGCCACGCCGCUGACAUCAUCAAAUGCUGGCGGUGGAAAUGUAUUUUGGCUGUUUAGAAUAACGUUCCACUACUAUUAUUGUAUCGGUACAGUUUUAACAAUAUUAUUCGGUCUUAUUGGAAGUAUAAUUACACGAAAGAAGGACGAUCCGGAAGUUAAUCCAUCUUUGAUCAGCCCGUGUAUGGUGCGUCUACUAAGUCUUCCUCAAUACAGCACAGAGAAAGGCAGAAGAAUGGAUGUGAUCAAGUACAACUUUAGGACCAUGGAUGACUUGGACUAGUGUACCAUUCGAUCUUAUUCGCAAUAGAUCUCAUGUACUCAAUUAUGUCACGUAUUUUUACUCCUCGAAAUUAAAAAAUGUAGUACGCUUUUGGUUAGCAUAA